AGUAUCCAUAGUAUCACACUCACUUUGCCAUCUAAAUUCUUUUUCUCCCUCUCGACAACCGAAUCGCUUUUUCAUGAGCAGAAACACAACGAAUAGGAAUCAUUAGAGUCGCUAGCUGUUUCUUCCGAAAUAAGCGUAUUGGGGAUUAUCAUGGAUAAGCUCUUUAUCUUUUUGAUUUGCAUGUCGUUUUACUUGAAUUUGGUUUAUGGUGAUUCUACUGGGAAUGUGAGUCUCCAUCGUGGGGAAGAAGGGCGUCUGAUUCGUCUUCUACUGGAUACCGGAUAUGACGUCAGAGAAAGGCCCUUCGUAGAAGAUGGGGGGCCACUUCAAUUCAACUUGUCUCUCUUUCUACUGGCAAUAUCAGAUCUAGACCCCAAGACUCAGGUUCUUUCUGGAGUCUCCUGGCUUGUUGUGGACUGGUGUGAUGAUAGGCUGUCCUGGGAUCCGAAUGACUUUGGUGGGGUAGACUCUUUUACCGUCAAUAUCGACAAAACAUGGUCCCCAAAAUUGUAUCUUCAAAACACCGUCCUUGAUGAACCAGUUAACCCUAUCCAGCAUGACGUCAGUCAGACUUAUAUCAGCUAUGAUGGCAGGGUGCAUUUGGAAUCACCCUUGAUACACCAUACAUCAUGUGACUUGGAUCUUGAACGCUUUCCCUUUGACGAGCAAGAAUGCUGGCUACGUUUUACCACACAGAAUACACCCGUUCACCUGGUAAAGUUAGAUAAAAGCAUGACCGUCGUAAAUUACCCAAACGUCAGCUCAGAAUACAACAUCGUUGGCACAUCCACCAAAUCUGAUUACGUCACUUUAAAGGGAAAUGUCUCUUACGAGAUCAUGCAAAUGAGUUUCAAGCUCGUUCGGUUGCCGAGGUAUUACGUUCAGAAUGUGACGUCACCGAUAUCUUUCCUGAGCUGGUUGUCGAUUGUUAUUUUCAUCAUUCCCGCCAAAAGUGGAGAGCGUCUUUCCGCCGCCGUCUCGCUCGUUCUGGGUCUGACCGUCUUCCAGAUCGUCGUCACCGACAACCUACCAAAAAACUCAAGAGGUAAAACAGCCCCGGUUAUAUCCUACGUGAGUGAUUGUUUCAUCAUCACGAUAGCCGUUGCCAUCAUGUCGGCUAUCGUUAUCAACGUCAGUCAUUGGAAAGGACGCGUCAACAACGGCGUUAUCCGAUUCAUCUUCUUCGACUGCCUUCGACCGUGGUUGUUGGUCGGUUCUGGCGGGUGCACCAGGAAGAAGGGUACGGGUUCGAAUACCCUAUCGAAUACCAACGUUGAAGAUCUGGAAAUGAAGGAUCAUCCAGAGAACGCAGUAUCCACAAAGGAUCACGAUAAUUCACGCCUGGCGUGGAUGAAAACACAGACUUCAAAAUGGACUCGAUUCGAAUUACAACCACAAUCUCAGGAAUCCGAGACGGAUGAUGAUUUUGAAAUGAUUGCCCGAAUCCUCGAUCGUAUCUUCAUGCUGAGUAUUCUAGCCACACUUCUUGUCAUCUCUCUAAGGUUCUGGAUGCUAUGUCAGGAGUCCGAAUCGAAUAUUUGAAAAUAUCUCUGAAAAAAGCUAAUUAUGUCAUCACCAAAGAAAUCUGAGCUUUAUAUAUUUUUCUGAUAUAAAUGGGUGGAAAUAUUGGAAAUUUAUACCGUAAAAAUUAAUAGGCCUAAUUCUGUAAAUAAUCAUUAACUCUAUGCUGGGUUUUUGGAGCUAUACUUAUACUUGAGGGAGUGAAUUCUAUCCUAAUCUUGUUAUGUUAAAAAACAGUAGGUUACUUGUAAGUUGUAAAUUAAAGUUAUUAUCAUGUUCAUCAAAAUUUGAUCCCCCCAACAAAAAAAAGUUAAAUAUUGUUUAGUCGUUAUAAUCUGAAAUAUCAAAUGUUCACAUUUCUAUAUCAUUUUUAACUUACAUGUACAUAGAUGAAUUAUCAAGUGAAAUUUAGAAUGUUACAUACUUUCAUUGACUUCAAAAACACCCUCAGGUAUGUUGAUAUUGGGGGGGGGGGGACCUAAAAUUUAACAUUUUCUCAAUUGAAUAAUAAGGGGAAUGUGGGGCGUCGUGGUCUAGUGGUUGAUUCUCAUCUUUCAAUGUGAGGGACGUGGGUUCAAUUCCCAGCCAUGAUGGCAUGUUUUCCUUCAGCAAGAAAUCUACCCAUAUUGUGCUGCACUCAACCCAGGUGAGGUAAAUGGGUACCGACAUUUACUAAUUCCUCAAAAAAGCUGUGAGCACCGGAAUAGGUAGACUAGCUUAGCCCGGGUAAUAUAGGAGCGCCUUGAGCACCUACAAAGGUAGAUACGUGCACUAUAACGAAAUCCUUUUUUUUUUCAUAUAAUAUAUGAUUACAAGGCUUAAACAAAUUAUUGUACUUUCUUCCGUUUUCUCUCUCUACAUUUUCUGUACCAUGAUACACUCUCAUUCGUCUAAAGUAGUAAUAUUUUUCCUUUACUACUUAUACAUGUAUAGCACAUGCGGGAUUACAACCUUGGAGACAGUACAAUUUUAAGGCUCAUUGAUCAGUUGACCUUACUUGUAUUCAUCGGCCCGUAUUCUGAAGUCGGGUUUAACUUAGACCCUGGUCUAACUCUGUGCUAAAAUUAUGGGAAGCCAUAAUUUCAAAAUUUUUUGUUAAGUUGUAUGUUUCUUAUGUUUACUGUGCUCUUUCCUGAUUCAUGAUGGGGAAGACAAUCAUUUGUUUAUACUUCCUACACAAUUAUGAAUGAUUUGAGAGCCAAAUGAGCUGAAAUAUUAUAUCUCUACUGUUUUUAGUGAUUUAUGUAACAAUUGGCUGUCCAUACUUAAACCACAACUUUAAACCUGCGUUUUAUUUAAACUCGACUUCAGAAUACGGACCAUUGGGUGAGAGUUGCAAUAUUCAUGUGGAGUUAUGCUUUUUGGAAAGAUCAAAUUAGCAGACAGGAAUACUAUUUUGUAAUUAACCAUUUUAAUCGUUAUCAUUCCUGUUUAAAGCUCAACACAUGCGUCAGCAUUCUGUGCUUCACAACAAAUUCUCUCAGAACAAUCACACCAAUCUGUAAACUUAUAUAAAUAUCAUACUCAAAAUUACAUAGUCAGCACACAACCUUCCCACUAACAAGCACAAUAUAAAUGAAAUUGAUACUCGGAUAGCAAUUAUAUUUCACUCAUUUAUUAGAUUCAAGCAGGCACGAUAUAGAAAACACUUACACAUAGCAUUAUCAUGUGGCAAUAUUUGGUGCAGAGCAGAUAAAUAUGAAUAUAAAUAAGCUUUUGUCUCAAGGUUUCUUGAAUACCACAAUUGUGUCAAAUAAAUUGAAAUCACACUUAAACAUUUGAUAAAUACAUCUGAAUUGAUGUCCGACACAAACCAAAAAGAAAAUUAUAGCCUACAAGAUAUCAAGUACAUAAAAGGUGAAUACUAUACUAUGGCUUCUUUGAUAAGAUUGUAGAGGCA